AUGGCUUUGCUUUUUGUCUUCUCCACGGCUGCGAUUGUGGCUGUGUGCUCAGAGCAAGCCCCCAGCCAGCGCUCUGUAACAGCGUUCCCUUGGGUUAAUGUGAGUCUCUCUCUGUUUCCAGCUGGCCCACGCCGGUUCAGUGGUGCUCAGUGGCACAUGCAGAACGUCCUCAAAGACUCCGUGGAGAGCUCCGAUGAUGAAUUCUUUGAUGCGCGAGAAGAGAUGGUGGAAGGAAAAAGUGCCAUUCUCAUAGGCAUGAGCCAGUGGAACUCAAAUGACCUUGUUGAGCAGAUAGAAACAAUUGAGAAGCUGGAAGAAAAUCAAGGUGAAGAGUCUGCAUUUUGCUCAUCUGGCUUUCUACAGGAAAAACAACGUGAAUUAUAUAGAGCUUCUUUAAGACAACAAAGGUUCCCGGCACAAGGCAGUAUUGAACUACAUGAGGACAAUGAGGAGGCAGUUCAACACCAGAACUGCAAAACUCAUGUGCUAAUUUUGAUCCUACAUGGUGGGAACAUCUUAGACACUGGAGGUGGGGACCACAGCAGCAAGCUGGCAGACAUCAACACCUUCAGUUCUGUGUUUGAGAAAGUGACCCGAGCCCAUUUCCCUGCCGCUUUGGGCCACAUCUUAAUCAGACUUGUUCCCUGCCCAGCAAUUUGUUCAGCAGCCUUCUCCCUUGUUUCCAACCUAAAUCCCUACAGCUAUGAUGAGAGCUGUCUCAGCAGCAGUGAAGACCACAUCCCACUGGCUGCCUUGCCCUUGCUGGCUGUUUCAUCCCCUCAGUACCAGGAUGCAGUUGCCAUGGUGAUCAGUAGAGCCAAUCAAGUGUACAAUGAAUUUCUCAAAUCUACAGAUGGGGCUGGUUUUAAUGGACAGGUGUGUCUCAUUGGUGACUGCGUUGGAGGAAUUUUGGGCUUUGAUGCCAUCUGCUAUAAUUCUAAUACAGCUGAUGAGAGUCGGAACAGUAGCAGGAGAGGAAGCAUCAGCAGCAUCCAGGAUAAUCCCCUCUUAGCAGAGGACUCCAGUCUGAGUGGCAGCAAACGCCUGAGCAAAAGCAAUAUUGACAUCUCGGGAAUCGUGGAGGAUGAGAAGCCGAGGCAGACGUUGCCUAGGAAACAGAGCGACUCAUCCACCUAUGACUGUGAUACCGUAACCCAACAUCAUGCUCUCCUGUCUAGCAUCCACGCAAGCGUGUUGAAAGAUGGUGCAGACUUUCCUCCUGUGAAUUCCAGUCUUUCAGAAGUAAACCUGGGCCGAUUUGAGUUUGAGGUGUCCGAUUUCUUCCUCUUUGGAUCACCGCUUGGAUUGGUGCUGGCCAUGAGGAGUACUGUUCUGCCUGGCCUGGAUGUAUGCCAGGUCCGCCCAGCCUGCAGCCAAGUGUACAGUUUCUUUCACUCUGCUGACCCCUCUGCCUGCAGACUUGAACCAUUGCUGGAGAAAAGAUUCCAUCUCCUGCCUCCAUUCAGUGUCCCACGGUACCAGAGAUACCCACUAGGGGAUGGAAGAUCUCACCAGUUAGGUGAUGCUAUCCACAAGGACAGUGCUCUGUUCCUUGAGAACAGCUCUUCGAAAAUACCCUUCUCUCAGGAGAGUCCCAGAUCUCCAAACGCAUCUGAUCAACCACAAGAAAAAACAAGAAAGUUGAGCUUGGCCAGCACAAACAGUGAAAACUCAGGGUCAACAGAAAGCUUGCCAUCAGUAUGCCUCACCAACAUUACUGCAAAGUGGUGGGGAACAAAACGAAUAGAUUAUGCCUUGUAUUGUCCAGAUGUGCUGACAGCCUUUCCAACUGUGGCCCUGCCGCAUCUCUUCCAUGCUAGCUACUGGGAAUCAACAGAUGUUGUGGCCUUCAUUUUAAGACAGGUGAUGAGGUAUGAAAACGUAAAUUUCAAGGAAAAUGAAAACCUGGAUCCAGCAACACUAAGUCCAUCCAAUCCACGAGAAAAAUGGCUACGCAAAAGGACACAUGUCAAAUUGAGAAAUGUGACUGCUAAUCACCGAGCUAAUGAUGUCAUCGCAGCAGAAGAUGGUCCUCAGGUACUAAUUGGGCGCUUUAUGUAUGGGCCUCUGGACAUGGUAGCUUUAACAGGUGAAAAGGUUGAUAUCUUCGUAAUGACUGAGCCGUCUUCAGGUAGGUGGGUGUACUUCGACACAGAGAUAUCCAACAGCAGCGGCCGGAUAUCCUACAACAUACCCAAACAGAAGAGACUGAGAGUUGGUGUGUAUCCCAUCAAAAUGGUGGUCAGAGGGGACCAGAGCAGUGCUGCAAGUUACCUGACUGUGCUUCCCCGAGGAAUGGAAUGUGUCGUUUUCAGCAUUGACGGUUCAUUUGCAGCAAGUGUUUCAAUUAUGGGAAGUGACCCCAAAGUCCGAGCUGGGGCUGUUGAUGUUGUCAGGUAA